CCUUGUUUUUAGCUCGCCCAACAUGCUGCAGCUUACCACACGGAGCAUCCACACGGAUGCUAAGCUUCUAAAGCAGCGCUGCUCCAAACUGGUGGACAGGAUUAUCAGAGUGGAUCAGGCCGGCGAGCUGGGAGCGAACCAAAUCUAUCGCGGUCAGCUGGUAAUUCUCGGUAAGCGCAUAACACCCGGUGUAGCUACCCCAAACGAUUGCAACUGAUCGAUCGAACAGUGUUCAAACUUCCUCCCCCGCCCAGGUCACACCAAGGCGGGUAAAACGAUCCGGCACAUGUGGGAACAGGAGCGGGCGCACAAGGCCGCCUUCGAUCGGCUCGUCAACGAGUAUCGCGUCCGACCGUCGGCCCUGCAGCCGGUCUGGCGGGUGGCUGGCUUUGCCCUCGGUCUCGGUACCGCACUGCUGGGCGAAAGGGCGGCAAUGGCGUGCACGGUAGCGGUCGAGUCGGUAAUUGUCGAGCACUACAACGAUCAGCUGCGCACGCUGAUGUGCGAUGAGCCGCCCCGCUGCACCGAUAAGGUGCUGCUGGAAACGAUCCGGCGCAUACGGGACGAGGAGCAGGAGCAUCACGAUACCGGGCUGGAGCACGGUGCAGAGCAGGCCCCAUUUUACCGUGCCCUCACGAGCCUCAUCAAAUCGGGAUGCCGCAUGGCGAUCAAGAUUGCGGAGAAGGUGUAAACGCGCGCGCGCCGUGCAAGCUCAAUGGAGGCUCAUAAAG